AUGCCCUCCAAAAAGAUAAUCACUGUCUUCGGCGCUACCGGAAACCAAGGCGGUUCGAUCGUUGAGAAAUUUAUUUCGGACCCAAAGCUCAAAGAUGAAUGGGCUGUCCGAGGCGUCACUCGCGAUGUCUCCAAGGACUCGGCCAAGAAACUGGCCUCGCGAGGCGUUGAGGUCGUUAGUGCCGACAUGAACGACAAAGAGUCUCUAUUGAAGGCUAUAGCGGGCUCCCACACAGUCUUUGGCGUCACCAAUUACUGGGAGAAGUUGAGCAAGGAUGUCGAGAUCCAGCAAGGGAAGAACAUUGCAGAUGCUGCCAAGGUUUGUGCCCUGCCACUCGACCAAGACGCACGGCGCAAGGGAAUACCAAUACUAACAAUCCCCGCCGGACCACAGGAAGCAGGAGUCCAACACUUCAUCUGGAGCUCUCUCCUCAACGUCACUGAGGCGAGCAAGGGAAAGCUCAGCCAGGUCUACCACUUCGAUAGCAAGGCCGAGGUCGGGGACUACGUGCGCAGCCUCGGCAUCCCGGCCACGCUCUUCCUGGCAGGCUGGUACAUGAUCAACUUCGAAGCGCCAAACUGGUUCCGGCCGAGCGGCCCCGACAACGCCUGGACCUUUUACGUCCCGGGGCCCAGCACGUCGCCGAUGCCCAUGUACGACGUGCGCGACACGGGCAAGUACGUCAAGGCGAUCGUGCUCAACCGCGAGGCGCUGCUGGGCGGGCGCGUGCUGGCCGCCACCGAGUACAAGACGUUCGACGAGCUGCUGGUCGAUUUCAGGCGCGUCUUCCCGAGGGACGGCGCCAACUCCCGGUUCUACGAGGUGCCGGACGAGCAGUACCUCGAAGGCGUGAGGAGCGCCGGCAUGCCCGACUUUGUGGGCCACGAGAUGCUGCAAAACAUACAACUCCUGGGCCAGUUCGGGUACUACGCCGGCGAGAGCCUGGACGAGACUCACAAGCUGGUCGACAGCGUUGGCGAGAAGCUGACCACCUGGGCUGAGUGGUUGCCCGAGUCUCCGGUUUUUAAGGAUCUCCAAUGA